AUGAGUGAUCCUCCAGCUAAAUCGCGUGUUCAGCCGGACGCAGAGUCGCCGGUAAGCCUCCCUGAUGAACUUAUUACUGAAGUUCUUUCCUUCGCCGAUGCGAAAACUCUAAUGCAAAUGAGAUGCGUAUCCAAGUUUUGGAAUUCUAUUGUUGCUGAUCCUAAAUUUGUGAAACUUCACUUUAAGCGAUCAGCGCGAAACCCUCACCUGGCACUAUUUUUGAGUAAAUCUCACCUUGAUGGCGAUAACAAUGUUGUGCCCUUCUCUGUAAGUCGGUUGGUUGAGAACCCGUUGAUCACCCUUCCAAAUAACCCUUAUUAUCGAUUAAGGGACAAGGAGUGCCGCUUUGUUAUUGGUUCUUGCAAUGGAUGGCUUUGCUUGCUUGGUUAUUCUUGCCUCUCUGAAUACAGACAGAUCUGGUUCCGCUUCUGGAAUCCUGCUACAGGUAAAAUGUCCCAAAAGUUAGGGUACAUGUGGGAUCAUAUGUUGGGCCUGUAUACUCAUUUUAAGUUUGCGUUUGGUUAUGAUAAUUCAUCGGAGACUUAUAAGAUUGUGAUGUCAAUUUUGGAUGAAGCUGCUAAUAGAACUAAUGUGCGAGUUUUAAGUGUGGGUGAUAAUGUUUGGAGGGCUAUUCAAAGUUUUCCUGCUGUUUCUCUUCCUUUCCGCUAUACUAAUCCUGGUGUGAAUGAUGGUGUGUGUUUGAAUGGUAGUCUUAACUGGUUAGCUCUUCGCCGUAGCUUUCUAUCUGAUGGUGCUUAUGGUUGGAAGAGCGUCGAUGUUAAACAAUUUGUGAUUAUUUCACUUGAUCUGGGGACGGAGACCUACAGGAGAACUCAUUUUGUUAUAUGGAAGAUGGAAGAAUUUGGAGUUGAAGAGUCUUGGACUCGACUUCUUAGAAUUAGUUACCAGGAUCUUCAGAGUAUGCAUCAUGACAUUGUUGACUUGCAAUAUUCUCAAUGGCUGCCAUUGCACCUUUCUGAUCAUGCCAAUACACUGAUAUUGGCUAACAAACAAGAAAGCCAGGCAAUUCUAUAUAAUUUAAGAGACAAUAGAGCAGUGCGAACUAGAAUUACCGAUGAAAUACAAUGGUUCUGCGCUAAGGUCCACAUUGAAAGCUUGUUUUCUGACAUUUUGGAACUUCAGGCACUUCAACCCUAA